CCUCUCUUCCUGAAUUUCUAUAGACAAAUGCAUUGUUUUGUCCAAUUAGGUGGCUAUUUGGGUUCUUGUCGAUCACCGUUUCGAUUGUUGGUCAGUUAUCGCAAGGCAUCUCAUUCAAGACAGUUACAAAUGGCUGCAGUCACGUUCAAGAAACAGAAUACUGAUGUACCUGGUAUUUUGUACGGAGAGAACACCCCUAAUCACUUUGGAGUUAUUGUAGUACAAGAGUGGUGGGGUUUGAACGAGGUGAUCAAAAAAAGAGCACAAGAACUGAGUGAUGGUUUGCAGUGUAAAGCUCUUUUACCGGACUUUUACCGAGGAAAGGUGGCCGCUCAACCUGAUGAAGCCCAUCAUAUGAUGACCAAUUUGGACUGGCCUGGUGCCAUAGACGAUAUUGCAGCUGCUUGUCAAUACUUGAAGGAAUCCAAACAGUGCAAAAAAGUAGGCAUAGUGGGAUUUUGCAUGGGUGGUGCCAUAGCCUUGGCUGCCGCAGCGCUUCAUCCUGCAGUAGAUGCAGCCAUUUGCUUUUAUGGAACUCCACCUGCCCAAUUAUGUGAUGUGAAGAACAUAAAGGUUCCUGUCCAGUGUCAUUUUGGAGAACAAGACAAAAGUCAGGGGUUUUCCGACCUCGCUACAGCAAAAGGAUUGGAACAGAAACUGAAGGAAGGUAAUGUACCACAUGAGUUUUAUUAUUAUCCAAAAGCAGGUCAUGCGUUUAUGAAUCCUCCGGAUGGUGGAUUUACGGAUGAGAUGAGGUCCAAAGUCGAAAUGUUACGACCUUAUGAUGAGGAAAGUAGACAAUUGGCGUUGAGCAGAAUGUUUGAAUUUUUCCGUAAAAACUUGUCUUCCUAAUCAUUUGUGCACCACUGGUUUCUGUUGUUGAAUAAAAAGAGAGCUUGUGAUCCAUUUGACAAUAAGGUUCGAAGCUUAGUUGAGGUUUUCUGAUU